ACAGGCAGGAGGAGGAGGCUUUAACAUCUGUCAUCUGGGCCUGUGUGUGUGUGUGUGUGUGUGUGUGUGUGUGUGUGUGUUUGUGUGUAUUGGAGGGCGAUCAGCUGAUUGGACCACACACGUUGGAGGGUGGAGCCAUGAUGGGCAAGGAUUACAUGUUGGCCAUCCUCAUAGUCAACUAUGAUGACAACAUCUGGACAGACCAGAACCUGCUGCUGGAUCCAGACCUUCCCUCAGGCUGGAGAACCAUCAAAGACUCAACAGGAACCUACUACUGGCAUGUCCCCACUGGCGCCACCCAGUGGCAACACCCACGCCUCAGUGAGACACCACAACUGCUCGACACACAGCAGGAGGAGGCUGGACAGCAGAACUCCAACAGAGAGACAGACGAACCACCUGAGGCCAGGUCUUCGUGGCAUGAAGAUUAUCUCACCAACCAUGACCCCAACUCAAAGUGUUUUGCUGUGCGGUCUCUGGGCUGGCUGGAGGUGGAAGAGGAGGACCUGUCUCCUGGUCGCAGCAGUCUUGCUGUCAGUAAUGUCAUCCAGCAACUGUCUCACUGCAGCAGCCCCGAGCAGAGAGACAGGCCAGGGGCCUGGGGGGAGGGUCGGGAGAUGAUGCUGGUUCUGAAGAAAGACACUCUGACCCUGUUGGACCCUUUAGACCACACCCCUCUGCACUGCCAGCCAAUCAUCAACAUCCGGGUCUGGGGGGUGGGCUGCAACAAUGGCAGGGACAGGGACUUUGCCUUUGUGGCCGAUGAUAAAGACAGCUGUGUGCUGAAGUGUCACGUGUUUCGCUGCAAUGCUCCGGCCAAAGCCAUCGCCACGGCCUUGCAUGAGAUGUGCUCCAAGAUGAUGUCAGAAAAGACACUGAUGAGGCCAUCUCGAUCUCUCACGAUGGAUAGCAUCUCACCUGAAGACCUGCCCAGACAAGUGGAGUUUCUGGAUGCGGUUCGGCAGCAGGUACAGAAGUUCCAGGUCCAGUACAUCGGUAACCUGCCGGUGUCCAGAGCGAUGGGUAUGGAGGUGUUAAACCGAGCAAUAGAAAGCAUCAUGAACUCAACAGACAGAGACGAGUGGGAGCCGAUCGUCAUCCACGUCACUGAUAACAUUCUGUCCUUCUGGAAGGGAGAGGAAGGGGAGGAGCCUUUCUGGGACUGCCAGGUACGUUUCCUCACCUUUCUGGGCGUCGGCCAUGAUAGCCACACCUUUGCUGUCAUUGUUGAUGGUGGCACGCAACGAUUCGAGUGUCACGUGUUCUGGUGUGAACCAGAUGCAGGACACCUCUCUGAGGCCGUCCAGGCUGCAUGUAUGGUCCAGUAUCAGAAAUGUCUGGUGGCUCAGACUCCUCCUCCGAGGACAAAGUCAUGGCGUGCGACCCCGUCAAAGGUCAAACGAGCCAACUCGAUGGACGGUGCUGCCUUUCCUCCUCUCACAUCACAUCACCAUGGUGGAAGCAGUGGCACCAUGAUGACGUCUAGGAUAACCAAGGGCAAUGGCAGCAGUAGCAACGUGAGGAAGGGGAUGAUGGCAUUCUUCGAAACUUUCCGGAACAAACAGACCGCCACCUCCUAAUGACGGGGCUUGGACCAUCAGAGACAUGUAACAGCAGAGACCAUCAAUCCUACAGGACUAAAAUGUGUUCGCCAAGACCAUGACAGUGUUUCCAAACCAACAUGUGAUUGGCUGAACUCUAUGUGUGCAUGGCUCUGGUGGUCCGACGGCUGAUUCUGCCGCCUUCACAUCACCAGCGACGCCCUGAAGACCACAGUUGUUUUUUUGGGGCAGAAAUUUACCUGUUUGAGUUCAUUGUCAUGAUGUUCAUCUCACCUGUUGCUGCAACACCAUUGGCUUAGCUGCUAGUUGCCUAGCUUGAGGUUGAACAACAUGAAUGGAUCAAACAGGCUGUGAAGGACCAGAUCAGGAACAACUAUUGGACCUGGAUCUGCAAACAAAACACACGAGUGGAUCAAAGCAGCCAUCUAUCAGUAUAAGACUGUUGGACUGGCUCAUCCACCAACACCUCCUCACCUGUUACCUGUCAACACCUGUUACCUGUCAAUACUGACAGACGAACAGAGCUGUGGACAUCGUUUUACCACAAACUAAGACACAGACAUAUCAACUAUUAUUAUAUUAAACUACUCAGGAUAAUCGGGUCAUAAUUGAAUGUUAAAAAGAAGAUUGAAUAUUUAAAUGACAAAAAGGAUAUUGGGAAAAGGUAAAAUUAUCAAAUCUUAUAAAUAGAGAAUCAACUGUGAUACUUUCCCAACCUUCACUUUCAUGUGACGACGAUCAUUCUGAACCCUGGCUUCCCCUUAAAUUUCCCCUUAAAACAACUGAAACUUAGAGAUAAGAUAGAGAGACACUGGAUGUCCGUGUCAGAUAUGUAUCCUGUAUGUAUUUGCUUCAAGCUUUAUAUGUAGAGAAAUAUUAAAGGUUUUAAAGCUGCAGCAAGUGAUUCUGUCCAUCAGAGGGCAGAAGAACAAACACAGAAAUUAGUCUUAAAAAUACUCUUGUAAUGUUUAUUAACUAAAUCUGUUUCUUCUUCCAUGUUCACAUUUCAUGGGAUGGCCAGUAGGGAGGUAAGAAGUUUUCUAUGGUUACAGCUGUUUUAAUGCUCCAUUACAACACAAGAUGGUGUUUGCCAGAUUUUCUAAGGAGGGAGGCUGAACCGAACAGUUCUCUACAAGUUAACAUGUUUGUUUAUACAAAACAUUUCAGUAUCAUAGCUGAGAUUUAUAGAAUAAAGGCAUAACAUCAGGAGAAAAGAGACUUUUCAGGAAAAAAACUUUCUUCUUAAAAUAUCACAACUGUAAUGCUCAUAAAUUAUGAAUUUUCUUCUGGAAAUUACAUUUCUUUUUUUGUCUUAAAGGUUCUCUAUGUAACAUUCAGAAAACUCUUGUUAGUAGUGAUGCCUUUGGCCAUUAAGUGGACUGCAGUCAUCAUUCUGUUGCUCGCAUCAUCCUGGUCUUCAGACAAAAGUGGCAUACAUAAGUCUGAUUGCUGGAAAAUGAAUGAAAAUCCCAUUUAGAAUAAUGCUACUAUCUGUAAUGUUCCUAUAUUUUAUUUGGGCCAUUAGCUUCGUAGAAAUAGUUAGUUUCACCUUUGCACCAUUACAUUUCUUGUUUGCUAAAAUCUACACCAUUUGUCUUACUACAUAAGUUAGUAUCAUGGAUCAUGUUAGCUGGUGAAGUAAUUUAGAAAUGAAAUAAAUAACAUAUCAGACAGUGUUUGGCUAGUGAUAACGUUAGCAAGCAUCAAUCUAUAAGAUAAAUCAGCCAGCUGCAAUGUCAGAUGACAAAGUAACCUGCAAAUGGCAAGUCAGCCAGUUUACGGCCAGAUCAGUCCCAGGAGUUUGGAUGAAUUGGCUUAUUUGUCCAUGUUAGCAGUAAUAUAUUUCACAUGAUUUAUAGUAAGCUUUAGCGUUGACUUUUGGACAUAGUUUUGCAGUAGGUGCCGGUCAUUUGUUGACAUUAGCAGACUCCAUUUCUAAGCUAAUGUUUGCUAGUGUUGCACACUGUCGGCACUGUAAAGGAAGCGGUGAUGAAGCAUACGUCACAUCUUUUACAUAGAAAUUAGCCCACAGACUAUAGACAAGAAUGUUGUGGAAGGGCUAAAUUUUCAAAAUUUAAAAGUUACAUUAAAACUUUGUUCACACUUUACAAUAAAAAAAAAGAGAAAUAUUUCAGAAUGUUACAUAUUGAACCUUUAACAGUGGCAUGAUACAUAUUUCAUACAUAAACUAUCCAAAGUACUUUAGAUAAAAAAAGAUUAAAUAAGACUGAAAGAGAAGAAAAACGUUUUUAAAAACACAAAGAAACAAGAAAGAGAUGAAGAUGUGUUUGAUUGGCAGAUAAAGAGACCACGAGCCAAACAACAUUAAAGGAACAGUCCAACAGUAUGUGACCUGCAACAGUGAGAACUUAUAAACGCCUCCUGAACUGGUCAGUAAACACACCACACACGGAUAUACAUUAAUUUAAUUGUUAUUUUAUUUAAAAAGUUAGAAACUGUUUGACACUUUGACUUGCGGUUUGCAUGUCAGGCACAAAUGACAGCAUGGAAAGUCAUUGAAAAGUGAAUGUUGUCAUCAUUCAGAUAUGUCAACGUGUAAACAUGUCUGAUAGCAUCAUGUUAUUGAAUGUACAGUUGGAAGAGAUGUUGACAAAUAUAUAACUUACUAUAAACAUAUAUAAUAUAAAGUGACAGUGACGGUCCAUCUGCCUCCUGAUUGGCUGAAGCACCUGUAGAUAGAAGCUUUAGUGUGUUUAAUGUCAGUAGGAAAUAUCAGUGAGAGGUUUGAGUCCUAAAAGUCUUCUAGAAACAGUCUGCAGCUCGAUGUAGUGUCUGUAUAUCUACAGUAAACACACAAGGCACAAGACAAACCAAUGAUGUCAUGUAUAAAAAAAACCCAAGAAGGUCAAAUAAACAA